AUGGCCUGGAUCACACUGCCUCCAGAGGUAUUCGAGAUCAUACUCACAUAUCUCGAUCUUGACAGUGUCAAGGCCCUUCGUCUGACAAGCCGACAGCUCGCGCAAAGUUGCAUCGGUCCCCACUUUUUACGGUGCAUUCAACAACCCGUCUUCGAUGUAUCAUCGUCCAACCUGCGUUCUCUUCGUGCCCUGGCUUGCAAUCCCGCCCUCAGCAAGGUUAUUCAUUCUCUGACCUUCAUUGCAACGUCCCUGGACUCUUCCGAAUUGGAGAAGAUCGUGGAGUCUGGAAGUAACGUGGAACAACAAAAGGAACGAGCCAGUGAGUCGUCGAGCGAGGUCAUCGGACUUAUUCAAAUUGGUUUGAAAGGUUUUAGCAAGUUGAAUUCAAUCUAUUUGGAUGCUGCCGUCAUUACCGGACGUACGCAGAGAGAAUCCGCUGGGAAAGAGCAGUGGCAUCUGCUCUGGAUGCGAGCAUCGCAUGUAUUCUCCUUGGUAGUGACUACUAUGGUGCAGAGCGGGACCUCAGUGAAGAAACUCAAUGCAUAUCGCCCUACUCCCAGAUGUUGCAUCCCAUCUGGUCAUAUCACCACCUAUGCAUCAGGUCUCAGCCAGAGGGAGCUAGACAUACUGGGCAUGCGCCUGGAAUCACUGCAGCUCAGUAUUUCUGGUGAGGUACAGAAGGUCCCUGAAACUUCUGAACUAGACGGCGAUAAUCUAAGUGAAUACGAAAAAGCGUCUCGUUUCGCGUUUGGCUCAUCGCUUGGAUUAUUCUCAUGCGAUGAUCCUUGUGCCGUGCUAGCUGAUGGAACAACAGGAAUCACAUCCCUACUCAGGUCUGCACCAGCUCUUCGAGAGUUGGAUCUAUCUUUCCGUCGUACUACCACCGGUGAGCUUCUGAGAAGCUACGACAGGCUUGUGGAAAGUAUCGCCUGUGAAACCCGGUUCCCGGCACUUGAAAAAUGCGCACUUUGUGGAUUUCAGGCAAAGGGAGAGCCGAUUCUACUCUUUCUGCAGAAGCACCCCGACCUUCGUUCGUUCACAUUGCGUGAGUGUACUUUGACCAUUGGCUCAUGGAUGCCGAUAUUUUAUCACCUAUGCCAAUCAAUGCCGCGGCUAGACAGCCUCAGCCUUUCAAACCUGAAUGGAAAGCAUAUGCAGAACCCAAAGCAUGCGUCACGCGGCAUGAAUGACCAAACGCAAGAGGAAGAGGAUGAGGAGCAGGAGGUCGAUGGGAUAGUGAAUUUGCAGCCUAUUUGGGACACAGGUCGUCCAUCGCGUGAGACAAGCUUCUCGAUGGGUUGA